CUGUCCAUUUAUACCAUGAAAGAGCUUCAUCCUCAUCCAAAUUUCAUUCUUUGGACAGGUGAUGAUACCCCUCAUGUUGCUGAUGAAAAGCUUGGUGAGGAUGCAGUGCUGAGUAUAAUUGGCAAUUUGACCCAUCUUAUACAAGAGGUGUUUCCAGGUACUAAAGUCUACUCUGCAAUGGGAAAUCAUGACUUUCACCCAAAGAGUCAGUUUCCUGAUACCUACCACAGGAUUUACAACAGAACUGCAGAUCUCUGGAGACCUUGGAUGGAUUCUCAGUCUGUCUCCAUGUUUAAUAAAGGAGCUUUCUACACUGAGAAGCUGCAGAAUCGAAAUGACCAGCGUAUUAUCAUCUUAAACACAAAUUUGUAUUAUACUACAAAUAAACUUAAUGUUGGCCUAAGUGACCCCGCUGGUCAAUUUCAAUGGCUUGAAGAAACACUUUCAAAGGCAAUGACGACAAAAGAGAAAGUUUACAUUAUUGGACAUGUACCACCAGGCUCUUUUGAAAAGAAGAGAAAGGUUUUCUGGUUUCAUCAGCACUUCAAUAGAAGAUACACUGAAAUUAUUCAGAAGUAUCACAGUGUAAUAGCUGGUCAGUUCUUUGGACAUCACCAUACUGACAGCUUCAAGAUGUUCUAUAGUGAUUCAGGUUCCCCCAUAGGAGUUAUGUUUAUUGCACCUGGCAUCACUCCAUGGAAGACAACACUACCUGGUGUAGAAAAUGGAGCUAACAAUCCAGGAAUACGGCUAUUUAAGUACGACAUAAAUACACUGGAAAUUCAGAAUAUGAUCACAUAUUACUUCAACUUAAGCUAUGCCAAUACAGUGACUCCAGAAUGGCAAUGCGAAUAUAGACUAACAGAGGCGUUUGGCGUUCCGGAUGGUACAGUUAAGUCUAUGCAGACGGUUCUGGAUAAGCUGUACAAAGAUGACUAUUACCUACAGAAAUAUUAUAAAUAUAAUUCUGUCAGUUAUGAUUUAAGUGAAUGUGAUAGGAACUGCAGAAUAGAUCAGAUUUGUGCAAUUAAAGCAGUCGACUUUGGUGAAUAUGAGGAGUGCGAGCAGAGGGAGAGCUCUUCUACCACUCUUACUGCAGCAUGGUCUAUCAUUUCAUUUCUGCUUCAUUCUUUACUGUUUCUUCAGUUCUAA